AUUGAAAUUGAUCGUCCAUCUUGAAAAAAAUGGCCACCUUUACCCAGAAGAUAUUUUGAUCGCUUUCUCUCGACUGUGCCUCUAUCUAUACCUUCAAAGUACCACCAAACUGUGUGCAGCUACUAUCUAAGUGACCUAUUCUGAAUUCAAGUCUUAUAAUCGCCUCAGUGUGUGUGGAUUGAGAUUUGUGUCAAAGUUGGAAAGGUGCGGCUCAACACAUAAUUUUUGGGUAGCGAGCUUCUUUGUGGUACUAUCUAUACCCUACUAACUUUAGUAUGUCUACCGAGUAGAAGUCACUACACUGGUCUAGCGCCUACAGGACUAUGUCAGAGGUUGCUCCAGCCACCCUGGAAAGCGAGAUUGCCGUCGGCGAGAUUCUGACAACCCUAGCAACUGAUGUCGUGGAAACGAUUGCCGUUACUGAACCAGCAACAACUGUAGCAGUCGAGGAAAUUGUCAUUCCUAUGCCUGGUGGAGACUCAUCGGCCAAUCACACUGCUGCCGUCAUGCAAUCUAUCAUCGAGGCUCUGACAAGUGCUGCCACAGAAACGGCCGGUCUAGCUACCAAUACUGACGACGAAAACAACAGCAGAGAUUCGGCCGAUGAAAGUGCGAAUUCAGAGGAUAAUAUCGAAGCUGCUACAAUUGAAGGGGAUAACUCUGGCAGUAUUGCCGCUGCUGCCGCCGCUCUACAAGUACUGGCCAACAAAGCUAGCAGCCUAGCUCCGGGUGAAAGCUUGACUCAACUACAGCAAGUAUUGCAGCAAUCACUCACUGAACUUCCUGGCUCUGUGGCGUCUCUCGUUAAUGAAGUUGCUCAAGAGGUUGUUGUCAUGGCGAAAGCCGCUCAACACGCUACUAUGGCUGCCGAAUCAAUGAUUGAAAUCGAACCAGAAAAGGUCAAGAGGACAAAACGUGGAAAACUUAAAAUUCACAAGUGCUCUGAAUGCGGGAAAGGAUUCACGCUCAAAGUGACCCUAAUGCGACAUCUUGAUCUCCACACUAAAGAGAAGAAUUGCGAGCAUUGCGACAAAGUGUUUUUCUCACCUGUGAAGCUAGCUGCCCACAUCAAGCAUCACCACAUACCGUGGUGUGAGAAGGAGAGGAGCUCUGUGUGCCCCGUGUGUAGCAAGGGCUUCUAUAACAACUCAAAGCUCAAGGUUCAUAUGAGAGUCCACACUGGAGAGAGGCCAUACGCGUGCUCCUUCUGUGAGAAGUCCUUCCAAUGCAGCUCACACUGUAAACGCCACGAGCGUCUGCACACAGGUGAGCACCCCUAUGUGUGUGAGACAUGUGGGAAAGGGUUUGGCUCUCCCUCCAAUCUCAAGGACCAUCUCUACACUCACACCAAGGAGACGCCCUACAAGUGUGAUCGCUGUGGUCGAGGGUUUGCUCAAUGGGGGGCGCUGCAACGCCACAUCUCUGCCAUCCACGACAAGAAGAAAGAAUGCACAUGUCACGAAUGUGGGAAAUCAUUUGCUCGAAAGGACUACCUCCGUUUUCACAUUCAGAAGUGUCACUGGCACAAGUGUGGAUUGUGCAAAAAUGCGUUCGAACACGAAUCUGAUUUUCAAGAACAUAUGAAGUGUUGUGAUUUCGUACCUGAAGUUAAAACUCCUUCUUCCAAGAAACGCCGCCUUUCUCCACAAAGUCUACCUACCAAACGAAGCCCGAGCAAAUCACCACGGAAACGACCUGCCACUGAACCCCGAAAGAGACCAAUGUCUGCUAUCACUACUCCACGAAAAAGAAGACAAAUUCUUGACCCAAGUACAGACUUGCUAUCUGUCUAUGAUCAGUUUGACGAUGACCCUCUGGCUGACCCAGAUUAUGAUGGCUUUGAAGAUGCUGAACUAGAAGGUGAAGAGAUUUUGGAAGAAGACGGUGUUCAUAUCGAUUCUGAGGAGAUUCUUGAACAAGAAGAAAUAUCGCAGCUUGAAGAUAUCGCUACUGGAGAGAUCAAGAUAUUAACACAAUCGGUGGUGGAGGAUGAAACUAUUACUGCCACUACUGCUGGUGUGACUGACAAGGAGCCGAUACAAGAAGAAGUCGACCAAUCAGAUGACGGCACUGCCGAAGAUGAUGUGGAGGCUACAAAUAACAAGACAGAGGAUGCCAUGGAGGAAGGCAACAACGAAGAGAAGACAGAGCCGGUAGCUGAGGCAGCACUGGACUCACUGGUGAACGCUCUCAUGUCAGCUGCUGAAUUGCAAACACCAGCAGCACAGCCAAACAAAGAAGAGUGACUAACCAUCUCUGUACACAUGACACUGACUGUACCUUCGUAGAACUAUUAUAGCAUUGAUAUGAUUUGUGUUGCAUGUUAGAUUAAAAAUUGUAGACUUAAAUGUUAAUUCUCUCAUCCUUGACUUUGAUAUUACACAUGGUUCAUAAUUAUUGUCAGGAGUA